AUGAAACACGUCAUGGAAGUAUUUCGCUAUGUUGGAAUGCUACCAAAGGACCCGAGCAGAAGAAAGGAAUGGCUUGCAGCUAUACGAAGAGACAACUACACCCCAGGCAAACAGGCACGGCUCUGCUCCAAGCACUUUAGACCUGAUGAUUUCGACAGGACGUCCUUGUGUUACGUGAGGCUGCGAGAUAGUGUUGUUCCCAGCAUAUUUGAGGCUUUCCCUUCACACUUACAGAAAAAAACAAGCAAAAGGAAACCUCCCAAAUCUCGCCCUCUCUGUGAUCCUGCCCCACAAGAAGUGCAAGAUAGUGGAAAUUCUACUUUAGCUGUGCCGGAAAAUCCUGUGCAAACAAACUCAGAUUCCAUGAUAAGAAGUAAGGGAGGGUUCAAUAACAAUCCAUCUGCUCGGCAGUUCUUAGCUGCCUACAAGAGGGUGUUGACACACUCUGAAAUACAAGAAGUAAGUCGUGGGAAUUGUAUGCCUUUAGAGUCUGUCCCGAUCCUCACCACCUCGAGUCACUAUUUAGAGGCUCCUAAUGCAAGUGUACCUUCUAGCAGUGUCAUCAACCAUUCCCUUCAUAAAAGCAGAGUUCUAGAGGCUGUUGUAACUGAUGAAAACAAGGAAUCUGAGCUGUCAACACAUGCUUGGCACAACAUUGUAACACUUGUACUGUCUGAGUUCCAGGAGAGGAUUGUCUUCUCCAGCCUGGCACAACACAUGUUAGACAGUGAGCCUGUCACUAAUCAUGUCGUGUUACUAAUCAAGGCUGUAGCCGAGACCUAUCUGCAGGUCAGCCAGCUAGUGUAG